CCGAAGACAAAAUUUUCAAGGAAGCUUUGAUGUAAACAAACAGUUCACCGCUCUCUUUAUCGAAAGCAAACUCACGUACAACCAAUGGAACCAAUACCAGAAGCUACAGCUGGGGAGCCAAAUGAACUGCCAGACAUGAAUGAUGAUGAAGGCCCAUCUACUCCAGCUUUAAAUCAGGGUGAUCACCAAAUUUUAACGGAAGCAUUUAUGAAGCUUCUUGAAACUGAUUUCAUCGAUGAACAAACCAGAGCAUAUGCUACAAAUCCAUCUGAAACUGCUUCUAAACUUGCGUCUCUUUAUGCCAAACACUACCGAAAGGCACUGAAUGCUGAUGCUAGAGAGAAUUUCGCUCGCUCCAAUAAUGAUGAUGACCAAGAUUCCCACAGUAACGAUGGUUUUGAUUAUGAUUAUGAUUAUGAUUAUGAUUAUGAUGAUGAAGCGAUACGCGCUGACAAUCUCAAAAAAACCACCAGAGCGAGACCAGAUAGGUAUUGAAAGAGACCUUUGGAAAUUAACCCAGAAGGCAGUGA